AUGGGUCGCGUUAGAACCAAGACAGUCAAGAGGUCCGCCAAGGUCAUCAUCGAGCGCUACUACCCCAAGUUGACGCUCGACUUCGAGACCAACAAGCGUCUUUGCGAUGAGAUCGCUAUCAUUGCCUCCAAGCGUCUUCGCAACAAGAUCGCUGGUUACACCACCCACCUUAUGAAGCGUAUCCAGCGUGGCCCUGUCCGCGGUAUCUCUUUCAAGCUGCAGGAGGAGGAGCGUGAGCGCAAGGAUCAGUACGUUCCUGAGGUCUCCGCUCUGGAUGUUUCCCAGACCGAGUCCGGCCAGCUCGAUGUCGAUGCCGACACCAAGGACCUCCUCAAGUCCAUGGGCUUCGACAACCUCAAGGUCAACGUUGUCAACGUCUCCCAGCAGCAGGUUCAGGAGCGCCCUCGCCGCUUCCGGUAG